CUUUAGAAACUCUCAAAUAAACUUCUAUAAAAUUCGUAUUAGACAACGAUGAAUUCGUAAAUGGUUUAAUGGCGAUGUUAACCACUCAAAGGGGAGCAAACUCAAGGRUCGGGAACUUGCCAGCGAUUGAACAUCCAGGUUUACGACUGCCAAAAGGCGACCCGAUCGAAAUUCAUGGCWCAGCUUCGCGGGAUGGCUCAAUCAAGAGCUCUUUACCRCCACUUCGCACUGAAAACAAUCCAUUGAUUCAUAUCAAAACUAAAAAACAUUCAAGAGGCUCUACGUGGCCUGUCGAUCAAGAAAACACUGAUUCAAAAGAUGGACGGAACUUGUUCACUUUGACACAGAAGAAGACUGUUGAAGAGCUGGUCGAACUUAUAGAUGGCAAGYUAACUGGUAGUUUCUAUGGCAUCAGGCAGGCAUUUAAGGGCAAUGACCCUAAAGGAAAAGGAGUUAUAUCCAGAGAGGCAUUUAAAAACAUUCUGUACCAUCUCUGUGGGUAUGUGUCUGCAGCACAGUUCAGCGGACUUCUGCAGAGGUUUGGCCUUGAGUCACGAUCUGUGGUCGCUUUUGAUGACUUCAUACGACAUUUUAAAAAUAACGAGGUAGUUGAUAAAGUAUGGAUGGAUCCAGUUUUGCGCCCAKCAAACCCAGCUUCCAAUCUACCAGCAAACAGACUGAAAAAUCUCCAGCGCCAGCGUGUGGCGAUGAAGGAAUCAAACACCAGGCGACAUACAGUCAAAAUGUACACUGCRCUUCAAGUGUUUCCUAUGCUUAAACGCAAAGUCAGAGAUAAUUUUAUGGAGUUCGCCAAGCUUUUGCCGACGUCAUGCUUUGAUCUGGACGGCACGGUGCUCAAACCUCAGCUCAGACAUUUGCUGUAUAUCUUAAAUGUUAACAUGUACGAUGAAGAGUUUGACAAAGUAUGGGACAGAUUUGAUCGCAGUGGACUUGGUACUGUAGACAGCCAAACCUUCUUUAAAGUCCUCGGUCUAAGACGUCUUGAAAUGGAACCAUCAGAUAUUCCAAUCGAUGUCAUUGAGCCGAGUCAUUCCCCUGAAAUAACAUCACCAGUUAAAAGAGAGGAAGUAUCUUCCAAGAACGAGGGAAACCAGCGAACACCAACAUCACCUACCGACGAUGUGCAGCCUGAAAGUACACCAGAAAACGUACAAGAAGAUAUACUGAACAUUUUACAAGGAAAGUUUCGGUCUGGCUACAACAGUAUUUUACAGCUUUGUACUGCACUCGACACAAAGAAAACUGGAACUAUAAGUCGAAGUGACUUUCGACAUCUUUUAUCAAAAUGUCGUCUGAAUCUUGGAGCGGUUGAAGUAGAGCAUUUUUUGUCAAGGUUUGGGAUUCGUGAUCAAGAGAGGAUAGAUUAUAAAGAAAUUCUUAAUUCGCUGGAGGAUCGAACAGAGAAAGGCAUACUACAGAGAAUACUGGAUGACAAAAAACACAGGUGAAAAAAGAAAA